AAAAACGCUGCGGCUUUAAUCAGAGUUCUCCUGCUUUAAGGUUUCUGUGCCUCUCAAUUGAGGGAGCUGAACUGUAAUUUGAGAGCAGACAUAUCCUAGGGAUAGCAUUUAGCGGAAAAAAGACAGAGAGAAAUAGAGUGAGCGACAGAGGGGGGAGAGAGAGAGGGGGAAGAGUGGGAGUGAGACAUUGAGAGCGAGGGAGCGAGCAGGAGGCAGCGCAGUACCAUUGCAUUCCAGAUGUUGAGAGAGAAACAGAAAAAGGUCCGCUAAGUCCAGGAGAGAAGACCGAACGCCUGCCGCGUCCGCGUAUCUGCCCGUCACCCUGCCCUCUGUCAGCCGCGGCGGGAUGUGACGGACUAGGCUGCAGUUCGGCAGCGCCCGCCUGACCCUGACCGCUUGCAGACUCGCACGCCCACUCGCACGCUCGGCUCACACUAGCAAGCGAAGCAUGUACUCCGGCGUAACUCUACUGUUGGUCGCCACUCUGCGGCUGCUGCCCCCAACCGCAGCCUAUUACACCGGUCCGCUGUUCCCCGAGAUGUCCAACGGGACGCUGCACCACUACUUUGUGCCCGACGGUGACUACGAGGACAACGACGACCCCGAGAAAUGUCAGAUGCUCUUUAAGAUGACCGAUCAGCGCCGAUGCGAGCUGGAGGGUGAUCGGGACGAAGCGUUGCGGGAUGAAUACAUCCUGCUGAGUCGGCAGGUGGAAGACGCGGCCAGAGUGUUGGAAGGCAUCGGCAAGAGCAUCUCGUAUGACCUGGACGGCGAGGAGAGUUACGGGAGCUACUUAAGGAGAGAGACCAGUCAAAUCAGCGAGGCGUUCGGCAAUUCCGAGAAGUCCCUGCUGGAGCUGGAGGUCAAGUUCAAGCAGAGUCAGGAACAGGAGCUCAAAGAGGAGCAUCGGGUCAACGACGAUUUUCUGGACAUGAUUCUCAACAGUCGACAGGUUCUGAAGGAGACAUUGGAGAUCUCGGCUGCACUGAAGGACAAACAUGAGCUGCUGGCAAUGGUCAUACGGAGCCACGGGGCCAGACUUAGUAGACUCCGAAAUGAAUAUCUUAAGGUGUAAAGGUGCUGUGGGACUGGCGGGACUCCUUCACUCUAACGUGAAAACCAUGAAGAUUUGAAUUCCCAAAUACCCAGAGUGUUUUAGGACAAACUACAGAGUUGCUAGCAGAUAUGGGCUUUUUCGUAACAAAUAAUAAGCUCAGGUGUGAGUCUUAUGGAGGAUUCACAGAGGAUGAAAAGCGGACAUGAGGUCUGAAAACCUUACAGAAUCAGAUAUGAGCACACUGUCUACAACACAAGGAAGGAGAACAAGGUAGAGCAGACGGAGGCUUAAUAGCCAACAAGUCAUUUCUAAAGUCUCUUUUACUUUUUAGCAAGUACCUUUCUCUUGGUUUUGCCCAAAAGUAGCGUGGUGACAAUUAUGUGGGAGGAAUGUGGGCUUCUCUAAUUGUCAUCCUGACUUAUUUAAGCAAUCAGGAUAUCAGCAUUUAUAAAGCUGAUGGGUGUUGUUGCUCACUGAUGCCUCAGCUUUCAUUGCUGCAUUAUGAAGUGCUAUCUCCAUCUCUUUUUAAGCUAAUAAUUUAAAAAGAUUCAUAAAAAACAGGUUAGCAGGCAUGAAGGAAGUGAGACUCUGGACUGGAGUUGCUUCUCCUCAAACUGCAAAACCUGGUCUGUCAAAAGGUGCUAAAUUCUUAAACAAACACUAGAGAGAAGCCAAGCUUGCUGAGUCUUUAGUCUGCCAGCCUGAUCUCAUUUACUCUCGCUCAUUUAAUCUCAUGCCCACUUAGACAUAAUGGGCAUACAACACGGUGAGCAGUGAAGAGAUCAGAACUGAUAGUCUGAAUGGUGUCUUCUGCAUAUCCCUCAGUACUGUUUUAAGUGACUCUUUUAAAUGAGGUUUGCUUUUAUUUACACAUUUAGAGUACUACCAAUGUCAUACAGUAUUUUUUCUAUUUAAUGAAGCAAAUCAA